AGUGAAAGAAGAGGAAGACUCGUUCAGAGUGAAAGAGGAGGAGGAUGUUACAGUGGAGAAAGAGGAGGAGGGGGAGAUGACUGUCACAUCCAAAAAGGAGGAGGAAACUGGAUAUCUGGUCCCGGUUAUCCAAACUCAUCUUAAGGCAACCAAUGGUUCUAACGAUAAACUGAGCCGUAAGAUGGUUUUGAGAAACGGGGCUCUGAUUAACACUAGAGAGAGACGGGACUACCGUGGGUCCUCUCAACAACCUCAUAAUGCUGACAAGGCAGAGAAGACUCUCUCCAGAUCAGAACACGUCAAGAAACCCCAGCAGAGAUCCACAGGGAAGAGAACUCACUGCUGCUCUGACUGUGGGAAGAGAUUCACCACCUCAUCAGGCAUUAAAAUUCAUCAGAGAAUCCACACAGGAGAGAAACCUCACGGCUGUGAUCAAUGUGGGAGGAGUUUUGUUCAAUAUGGCCAUCUGAAGAUACACCAGAGAACACACACAGGAGAGAAACCUUAUAGCUGUACACAAUGUGGGAAGAGUUUUAGUCAUUCAACCAGCCUGAUAUCACACCAGAGAACACACACAGGAGAGAAACCGUAUAGCUGUGAUGAAUGUGGGGAGAUUUUUACUCAGCUAAGCAGCCUGAUAUCACACCAGAGAACACACACAGGAGUGAAACCGUACAGCUGUGAUGAAUGUGGGAAGAGUUUUACUCAGCUAAGCAGCCUGAUAUCACACCAGAGAACACACACAGGCGAGAAACCUUAUAGCUGUUCUGAAUGUGGGAAGUGUUUUACUCAGCUAAGCAGCCUGAUAUCACACCAGAGAACACACACAGGAGAGAAACCUUAUAACUGUGAUGAAUGUGGGAAGAUGUUUACUAGGUCUAGCAAUCUGACUCUACACCAGAGAAUACAUACAGGAGAGAAACCUUUCAGCUGUACUCAAUGUGGGAAGAGUUUUACUAAGCUAAGCAACCUCAUAUCACACCAGAGAACACACACAGGAGAGAAACCCUAUAGCUGUGAUCAAUGUGGGAAGAGUUUUGUUCAAUCUAGCUAUCUGAAGAUACACCAGAGAACACACACAGGAGAGAAACCUUUUAGCUGUACUCAAUGUGGGAAGAGUUUUAUUUCAUCUAGCCUUCUGACAGUACACCUGAGAACACACACAGGAGAGAAACCUUAUAGCUGUAAUCAAUGUGUGAAGAGUUUUGCUACAUCUGGGCAGCUGACGAUACACCAGAGAACACACACACAAUAGAAAUCUUUUAGCUCUAAUUAAUGUGGGAAGAGUUGUACUCGGUUAAACAGCCUGAUACGACACCAGAGAACACACAGGAGAGAAAUAUCUUAGCUGUAAUCAAUGUGGGAAGUGAUACUCUGAUAAAUGUUAUCUGAUCAAACAUCAGAAAAUACAUGGAGUUGUUUCAUGAUAUCAAUGAAAUCAUGUCACAAUGUAGAAUGUUUUAACAUUGUAGUAGGAGUAUUUUAAUGAUGUCACAAUGUAGAAGCCUAAAUGUUUGCCCCUUUAUCAAUUGAUUUCAACAUGAUAUAGAUAUUAGCCUCAGGGAAAAAAUCCAGGCUCAGAAUUGAAAGUUGAGUUGUGUUGCACUUACCACGUUGAUGACCGACUUGAAUCAAAAUGCAACACUCCAAAAUGUAGCUAGCUGUUUUCUUCAAAUUGUCCUCUAUCCAGUGAUGUACACAUUUCUCCCAGAUUCCGUGUGGUUUUUGAGCUGUUAGUUUUAACAGGACUUGCAACCUCAUCUCCCUCCUUUCGCAGUUGAUUUCAACAGAUGAGUUAUGACACAUAAGUGUUGCAUUCCUUUGUUUAGCGACCCCUAAAUUUAAAUGCAUCACUCCAAAAUGUAGCUGACUGUCUUCUGCAGGUUGUCCUCUAACCAGCGAGGUAAAAGAUAUCUCAAAUUUCCAUGUGUUUUUUAGUUGUGUUAGUUUCAACAGCACGUACAACCUAGUCGAUAUUAGUGAUGUAUUGCUGUCAAAACAACAACGUUUCUGGUGCUUGUGCAGUUUAUAUGGUGCUUGUUUAAACAAAUACAAGUAAUAUGAUUAUUGUGGCAGAUGUUUGUGGAUAUUGCACAUUUUAUGUUUAGGGUUUCAAUUUAUCCCAAACUGUUUCUGCAUAUUAGUUAUUGAUUUGGACAGGUUAAAACUGUGGUUUGACAUCGGGAUAUCCCACCUAGCAAAAUGUAAUUGAAAAGAUGUUGAAAAGAAGACUAUGUCCGAAAUAUGUAUUUUUGGGUAGUUUUUUCAGUGACUUGAAAAUAACUUAAUUUCAACUUACUUGCAGGUAGCCUAGUGGUUAGAGCGUUGGGCCGUCAUUGUCAGCCAGAAUUUGUUCUUAACUGAUUUAUUUACAUUGACGGCCUACCAAGGUAUAAUAAAUUGGUCUAUAAUCAAUUUUAUUAACAAUCUUACAUCACUCCAGUAUUUCUUGGCAACGCUCAAGUGCCAAUUGUCUUUAUUCCACUACUGAUGAAGCAUGACUCAAAUCACCUCAUAUUUCAAACAUCCUGCCUGACAAAAGAUACAUGUUUUAUUAUUCCAUGCCUCACCAUCAAUCACCACCAUUAUUGCCAAUUGUGCUGCCAUCCUGUUAGAAGGUAACAGAGCAGCUACAAACAACGCUACGGUGCAGGUCUUUCAAUGUAGUUAUUUCUUGUCACGCUUCAGCCUUGGAAAAUAUUUGUUUGUAAGUUCGAUUCAAGCAUUUAGCUAAUGAUGAUAAUCUUGUCAUUGAUAGAGUUGCUUACAUAUCAAUGUUGGUUGGUUGCAUUUACUCACAAAUUGCAAUGCCUUUCAUGUAUGUCAUUAGCUGUAUUACUUUGCUCGUGGGUCAUGCAAACAAAUUGUAAAAUAUACAAUACUGUAGUUUUGUUACUGUUUCUAGUGUAAUAUGCUUUGUUAUUCUACAGAAAUGGUUGUACGUUAUUAGAGUAAUGAAAGGAGCCAAUUACCAUAUGAGUAACAAUUAGCUAUAUGGUUUGGCAUCAUGCCAGAUGCAUGGUACCUUAGCAUGUGCUUUGUAUUUAUGCAACUUCAAAUGUAUAAUGUACAGCUACAUUAUGUCGGUGUGAAUUGAAUACUAAAGUAUAUUAUUUUCUGUAUUUUGCAGUUUCACAAACAUAAACGUUUUCAAUAUAUUAAUUCAAGAAAAGUCACGCCUUGGGAGUUUUAUUGAAGAGUAGUUGUUAGCUAUCUGUCUAGUUUUGCAUGGGAACGCAACUCAAGGGCAGAAUACCAGAAAAGCAAUACAUAUUAAGGGGUGUACAUUUGGUUUUGAUAUUUCAUAUUUACAAUUAUGUAAGAUUUAGGAAUCAUAGUUAUUCAUGCAACCAACAUAGCAUUUUUGGGUACAAUUAUAUUGACAUUGUUACCCUGCUUUUAUAUCCAACAACAUGCCUAUGGAGUGAACCCUGAGAAGCGAGAGAAGCUUCGCAGUGAGGUGGAAAGUUACUACGGAUAUUGCAGGAGUUGGUUGCUGAUUGUCUCAAGGGUGGGCAGUCAACAAGUUUUGCGUUUAGCCAGUGCGUUGGCAUGGAUCACAAUUUAUUUUGACUGCACGUUUUUCCAUAUUGGAGGCAAGGUUUUGGGGGGCUCUUUCCAAGGGGACGAGAGUUCUAGAAGCUAGUGAGUUUUAGGAUUCUAUUGAAAGAAAAAGGAUUAAUUAUUUAGAAAUGUGUUUUUUAUCUUGUUUUUAGUUGUUGACAGCCAGUAGACACCAUGUUUAUUGUAGUUGAUUAUGUGAAAUGGAAGUUGUUUUCUGUCGGGGGUGAGCAAACUUGUCCAACAAAAACAUAGCAUAUAUUUGUUGUUUAAGGGGGAAGGUGUUACAGGCUUUGGUCUUUCCAUUUAUGUUUUGAGGUAUAGCUCGUUAGCAGGUAGGGUGCACUGAUUGAGGUCACCUCGUUAGUCAGUAUGACCUCAGGGCCAGACCCUGGUCUCUACACAAAGAGUACUGUUUUUACAGCAGAUGCUGUCUGCUGAGAAUUCUAAGUAUCUUUCAUACAAAUCUAAACCUUGUGACCCGUUCUAAACAUCUGUUGUUGGUCAUGUAGGUUGAAAGGGGUGUAUCUUGGCUGUAAAAAACCUUUGUACUUUUGUAUCGUGGCUCUCAACGAAUCAUCUGGGGGUGAUUUGUCGACCAUCCAUCAUUAUCGUAGAGCACUCAAUUGAUUCAAUUUAUAUUUGUGUGUUGUAUUGACCUGCUCCCUUAUUAAUAAGUGAAUAAAUAUUUAA